UCACAUCAGGGCUACAAAAGUCCAGAUGACCCCUUGCUGGCAGCAGAGAAAUAGAGGUGCACCCUGUGCCACCACCUGAAAGCCUUGGCAGAUGGAGAUGAGGGGGUGAAUAUAAUCUUGGGCAAAGCAGUAACCCGCUACGUCUUUGAAAUGUGUCACAAGACGCCUCUAGAACGUGCCCCCCCCUCUCUCUCCCUCACACACACACACAGUCUCGCGCGCGCGCGAGCUCAGAGUCGUUCACGAGCAGCAUUGGGAGCUCCAGCACUGCCGGAGAAGGUGAGGGCGGACAGGGAGCUCCGCACGGGGGCGUUUCGGCGUGAGAUUUCUGUUUUUCCCAAGUGAGACGUGGGCACCCGCAGCGGCGCUUCUGCCGUAGAUGCCGCACGUCGGCGGCUGACUGGUCACGCUGGCGGCGGCAGGAGCAGCAGCAAAACGACGGAGAAGCGGUGGGGGUCGCUUGUUCCUGCCCUCCCCCUCCUCGCGCGUCCUCGGAGGCAGCGUUCUUGCUCGAGCCACUCCCUCCCGCUGCAGGGCGGAGUGUGAGGGUGCCUUUAAAUCGGGCGAGGGAGCUGCUGCCUGCACAGUCUCAUCUGUGAUGUAAGGAGAGAUUUUAGGCGUCUACACCGAUCGCCUGACUUCGCCUGUCAUUUUCUGCCGGGCACCCUUUCUCUCUGCCACUCCGCCGCUGGGGUAGAUGUGCCCUUAAACCACUUCCGCCGCCGAGCAGCAGUCGGCCCGGACCUCGUCUCUGCCCCUCUGCCCAGCUUGACCGGCUGGUGCGCGCUCCGCUCCUUGCUCUCCAGGGUGCGCAGGCAUGGAAGAGGAGGAGGAGUGCAGGGUGCUCUCCAUCCAGAGCCAUGUCGUCCGGGGCUACGUGGGCAACAAGGCGGCGACUUUCCCCCUACAGGUGUUGGGCUUUGAAAUAGAUACUGUGAACUCUGUCCAGUUUUCAAAUCAUACAGGUUAUAAUCAUUGGAAGGGACAGGUAUUAAAUUCAAAUGAACUUCAUGAACUGUAUGAAGGACUGAAAUUAAACAAUGUGAAUCAUUACGACUAUGUACUUACUGGCUAUACCCGGGACAAAUCAUUCCUUGCAAUGGUGGUUGAUAUUGUUCAAGAACUAAAGCAACAAAACUCCAAUCUGGUAUAUGUGUGUGAUCCUGUGAUGGGUGACAAAUGGAGCGGGGAAGGCUGUAUGUAUGUUCCAGAGGACCUCUUUCCAGUGUAUAAGGAUAACGUGGUGCCUGUAGCAGAUAUAAUAACACCAAAUCAGUUUGAAGCUGAGUUACUUACUGGCAGGAAGAUACGCUCUGAAAAAGAAGCAAUAGAGGUAAUGGAUAUGCUCCACAAUAUGGGACCGGAAACGGUUGUAAUCACCAGCUCAGACCUUCAGGCACCUUCAGGAAACGAUUAUCUGAUUGCAUUAGGAAGCCAAAGGAGAACUACAGCAGAUGGCACUAUAGUGACACAAAGGAUCCGAAUGGAAUCUCCCAAAGUAGAUGCUGUCUUUGUUGGGACAGGAGACCUAUUUGCUGCUAUGCUCUUGGCUUGGACUCACAAACACCCAGACAAUCUUAAGAUGGCCUGUGAAAAGACAGUAUCAGCAAUGCAACAUGUUUUGCAAAGGACCAUCAAGAGUGCAAAGGCCCAAGCUGGAGAAGGAAACAAACCUAAUUCAGCCCAGCUGGAACUGAGGAUGGUCCAAAGCAAAAAGGACAUAGAAAAUCCAGAGAUAAUAAUAACUGCUACUGUGUUAUAAAGGUUGUGUACCUCCUAACAACACACAAUGUAUUGAUGUCCUCAUUUUCUUUCCUGUAAAUUGUGAUGUUUGCCUUAGAUCUGUGACAGAAACCUGACUUCCAUGAAAUAGUGCCCAGCAUAGAUGAGAUCCACUACCAAGCACAUGUGCUGGCCUUGCUUGAAUUAAGAGAAAAAAAGUUAGGUGUGUAUUACAGCUCCCUCCCAGGUAUUAAAAUGGCUGUCAAAUUAAUUUAAUUUCAUUAUAAAACCUGGGUAUAAGCACACAAGGUUUCCUGCCUUGCCAAAGAUUUCAAGAUUGCAUUUUUAGUGAACCAAGUGACUGGAGUAUAUAAACUGUGGUAAAGUGUCAUGUGCCAAUUAAGUAGUUUACCAUUUCCCUUAAAUGAAGAGUUUUGGUAGCCUGCUAAAAUAUUCAGUACCUCAACUGUUCUGGAGCAUAAGAGAGGUUCAGGCAAUGAAAGGGGAUGGGUGGGUGGGUUUUUAGGUACUCUACACAGGCCUUGGAGGUAUAACAUGUCUGAACCAUUCCCAUCUGUGAAUAAAUCCAAGAUUCCACUGUCCAGAGGUGCUAAUCCUUUAAUAUUGAACUAUUAAAAAUAUCCCAUGUCAUAUUUUUGCUUAGAAAGAAAUGAUGAUGUGUAGAAUAUAAUGGUGAUUCUACCUCUGAUAGAAUAGGCUUGAUUCAAUUUUAUCAGCUUUUUCCUUACUGAUAUACUUACUGAGUAUCCCAGUUUAUCUUCUGACAACUAAGAGUGACAUGAAAGGCUAUGUGUUACAUAUUAAGACCAAUUCACUGUUUAUUGCUGCGAGUGAGAGUAUUCCUGUUUUAUGAAUGGAGAAUUAAAUUAAAGCACCAUCUAAUAAAUCAGUUACAUCAGAGGCAGAGUUUUAACACACUAAGCAUUGCUGUUGCAGUUUCUACCCCUUUCAAAAACAUAGCACACUUUCUGGAAAUGAACAUAGAUUUUUCUGGGAGUUUAAUGUCCAUUAAUAUUGAUUAACCAGUACAGACCAAUCUCAAGAAUUUACAGUUAUUAAUAGUUUACUCUAAAAUAAUUCAGUUGUGCAUUGCAGUGAAAUGUAAACAUGUCUAAAUAUUCUGGAAGUCAGUAAAGUACAGGACUUCUUUUGCAUGCAAUCUCUUUUAAUAUACUGGUGUAGGCUUUCGUGGCCAGUAUCUGUUGUGCUGUGUUGGGCUUUAGGGUUUAGGGAUGGUGGCCUAGACAACAGAUUUUCUGAUGUUUCACUGACAACUGUGAUUGUGGCCAUCUUUGCCUCUGAAGAUACCAACCACAGUUGCCAACUAAGCAUCAGGAACCUGUUGUCUAAACCUCAGUCAGUAAACCGUGAAGCCCUACACUGCCCAAUCUCUUUGAAAUUACCAAAUUAGCUUUGAUUCUCUUUAUUAGUCUUAAGAUCAUGCACAAUUAAUUUUAAAUUUAUCUCUCAUUUCUUUGCCCCAUUGUUGAUUUUUCCGUAAGUUAUAUGGAACAGAAAAAAACAGGGUAUCAUAUCAAUCCACAAUCCACAUCUUCUUUACAGGUAACCAGGGUAUUUUCAUUAUUUCUAUUAAAUAUCAUUUUCUUGGGACAUCUUUGAAACUCAGAUUCUUGCAAAACUGCUGUCAUUAACAUGUGAAACUCUUGAAGCAACCUGUGAAUUCCAUUCUUAGAAUCUGAAAGACUUAUUAACUUUCAUUUAUUAAAAAUAUUUAAAUGAUCCUUUAUCAUACACCUGAAGGGUUUUUUCUUUCUUUCUCCAAAGUGGUCUUCAGCAUCGAACAAGUUUCUCACUAGUGGCCUAUUUUAGGGCUAGGGCAAUAUAAGACCUUCUCUGUCUUCUGGAAUAGCCUUUCAGUAAUGUGUAGGCAUGACAGCAGAAAGGGACAGACUACCUACAUCUUACCUGUGGAAAGAAUUAAAAUGUAAAAAGCACUAGCACAUCAUUGAUUGCUUUCAUAAACUACAUUGCCCAAAUAUUGCCCACGUGCCCUGUCCCAGCCUUUCAGUAUGUAAUCAUAGCAUCUAUAUUUGAAGCUAAAAGACAUUUUGAACCACUUCCUAGACCCUGCACUGUUUUGGAAGCCAUAUUUUGCAUGAAAAUGCCAAUAUAAGUCCUUUUGGAGAAGAUAGCAUUUCUUCAUCCAGCUAUCUGAUCAUAGCUUCAAGCAUUCCAUUAGAUGAAUCAAUCUCAUUUUGGUAGAAUUCUGAUUUCAGGUUUUCAGGUCAAAGCACAAUAGAUUCCGACAGUGUCUCCCACAUCUCUGUAUCAUCCAGAUAUAUCUUGACUGGAUACCUGGUUUGCUUUAGAAAUAACACUUUUAGAAGUUUUAUUUAAUAGUUUAGACCAAUGGAACUCUUAUUUCUUUUGGGGUUUUUUUCCUUUGUCUCUUUUUCAGAAUGUUUACUUUGAAUAAGAAUUUCUUUCACCUACUCUUUUAAUUGUUGGAGGCAAAAUACAAACAUAUGUUUCUUGUUAAAACAUAUUUAACAGAUCUGAGAGAAAUAUAUUCCCUUUAAGAUAAAAUCAAAAUGCAAACACUGUAUCUGAAAAAGUAUUUCUCUUGUUGAAAUAUGGAAAAAUUCUAUAAUUGACUGAAAUUUGUAGUCAUUUAUGUAUUGUUACCAUUUCCAUGAAAUAACCUUUAAGAAGUUAAAGUGUAGGAAAUGUGACAAUCUACUACAGCAUGAGAUUCCUGCCAACAGAACCAAACAAAGCAGUUAUGUCAACAAUUGCCAUUCUAACUUUAAAAAAAAUCCAAUAUCACUGUUCACUGCCCUACCUAGAUCCAACACAGUAUUCAGACUGGGGGAAUAUAGUUUUGAGGGGGAAAAAUAUAUCUGAGCACAGAGACUUUACAUCUGUUAAGCCUAUUUGGACAUUUAAAAGAUUCCAGAAAAUAUCAAGGAUUAAAGUUGCAUUCUACUCAUAUCACUACUCAUAAUUUGGGGAAAUUUGAAAAUAAACAAUCAUAAUUCUUGCCCUGCGCUCCUACUAGGUGAAUUAGUGCCAUGGUAUUCCUAAAUCUGGAGCAACUAUAUUGAGGCACAUCAUCUUUCAUAGAAAAAUAGAUAUUUAAAGCUGCAAUAAUCAAAAAUAUACUACCAGUUGAGCUGAUAAUGCCAUUUCCCUGGUCAUAAGUUAACUAGUAUGUAUCAACUCAAAUUGAGCAUUUGGAAUUUGAGGUUUUUUUUUUAGAUAAAUGAGAAUCAUUUUAUUUUUAAAGAAAAAGUGAAUGUUUAUUCAAUACAGAAUUUUAAUUAUGUCAAACCUUCUCAAAUGCCUUCUCUUGUAGAAUAAUCACCAAGCCAGUACAACUGUAACCUUAGCCAGGCAUCCAGCUAGUCUGGAGAGCAGCCAAAUAUUCCUUUUGGAGGAAAGAAAAGAUCCCUUCAAAAUCAACCUACAUCUUCAUUUUAUAAUAAAUUUUAAAUAUUACUUUAAAAUGAUGUAUUUUAAUACUAAAUAUUAUUUACCUGUGUUUUUAAUUCUGUGCUGGCUAAUUUUAAUCAUUCCCCUAAUUUUGAGGAAAAACCUACAGUGUUGCUCCUGCUAUAGACAUUGAUUCUUAUGUUUUGAGACUCAACAUGAAGUAACUAAAGAAAAGGAAAUAUAAAAAUUCAGUAUGUUAUCACAGAUCAUUUGGUAGUUGCUGAGGUUUUUAAUUGCUUUACAUUAUCUGGUUACAUAUACAGUAAAUCUACAUAUUGCAUAGAACAGUGAUUCAGUUUUCCUAUGACUGUUUUUUCUUUUAGACAACCAGUUCCAAAUACUUUUGGAAUCAGAAGUAUACAAAGCUACUAACAAAUACUUUAUAUAUUGGCAUAUUCAUUUAAAGGAAAGAACAUUUCACAGAGUACUUGUCCUACUUAUAGGCUCAUCCAUGUCAUUUUUAUCCUCAACUGCGUUUUAAUAUAUACACUAUUAGAGAUGACUGUUCCACAAGUGUACCCAUCAAGUACCAGCACUAUCCUCAUACAUCUCUCUCUCCCCCUCCCUCCCUCCCUCUCUCCCUCCCUCCCUGUCUCUCUCCUUCCCUCCCUCCAUUUUUUCUCCAAAGAGCAGUGAAAUGGAUCAGAAGAGAGGCAAUGGUUUAUUAUAGCCAUAGGUGGGUUUGGUAACACAUAAGCAUCAAAAUUUCUAAAUAAAUCCUGCAGAAUGCUUUUUUUUUUUUUUAAUGCUCUGCUCUCGCAUGGAAUCUUACCAUUCUUCUGUGGGAACUCAGGAUAAGAUAAUUAUAGGAUGAGAUAAUUUUGGCAUUACAAAACUGCACUUAUGUGCUUGGCAUCUUCACUAUUGUGUGAGAUUGUAUAACGGUAUCCACUAUUUCUAAAGGUUACCAGUCCCUGUCAUAAACCAUAACAAAUUCACUGGCUGAUUUAUACAAACAAUAAAGUGAUUUCUUGGCUUGGCUUUAGCCAUUAUCCCAAAGUGUGAACCCAACUAUGUUUUUCAGCAUCAGCAACUUAAGAUACUUUAAUGCAAGGAACCAGACUCUUUCUCUCUCUUUGCGCGCGCAUGCGUGCGCGCGCGCGCACACACACACACGCAAAAAUAUAUGGACACAAAGCUGAUCUGAGCUAACUGAUCUGGCCUAGCUGGAUAAGAAACAUGUUGAAAUUAAAGAAGUUAAAUAGUGUGUAUUUUAAUACUGGCAGAAGUAUAACCAUGUUGACAUAUAUCACUAAAUUGAAAAACUACUACUACUACUUUUUAGUAGUUGUUUUAACAAAAAUAAAUGGUGGUGAUCAUUUGUUGCUCAUAUGUAUCUCACUUUUUGCAAGGACCAUUUAUUUCAGUAUAUCUGUGAAAGUAAUUUUUAUUACUAUGGUUUGAAUUGUUUGUGAUUCACAAGAAGCUAAUUAUAUUCUUUAAAAAAUGUGUAACUGGAUUCUGGCACGCUUAGAUUUUUAACAAAAUAGCUUCAGAAGAUGACAAUGUUGUGCACAGAAAUCAAUAACAGGAAAAUAGUUAAGCAAUUAAUUAUCUUCCUGAACUUAUUUGUUCUUUAAAAUAUACUGAGUGAGGAACCUCUAAUACAUUUGCACAUACUGUAAUCUUUUACUAGCUCCUCAGCUGGACCAAAAUUCAUGUAAAAUGAAGCUUAAGUUAACUUUAACAUACUUAAUACUUUCUCACCACCUUGAACAUAAUAAAAUGUAGAAAAUGAGUAGAAACAUGCAUGUGAAAACAUACAAAUCCUUGCAUUAUAACAUGCUUUUGACAAGCAUGUACAUAUAUUAAAACUGCUUUCUUUUUAUAUUUCUUUAUCAAAUUGUAUUCAAAAUGCAGCAAAUCUGAUCAACGCAAUACUUUACAAAGAAUUUAGAGGACCAAGAUUUCUAGCUAAAGAUACUGCCUUGUUGAGUUCCCUGAUUUGUAAUCUUGACUGGGUGGUGUUAAUUAUUGUCUGUCUGAUACUGUGAUCAUAUUUGUUUCUUGAUUCAUAAUAUAUAGCAGGAAAGAUUGUAAUAAAAGUAUGUUUAAUCAAUAUGACUGUGCAUAACUAUGGUUAGAUUUUCUUUUUGUUGUAAGCUACAUCAAAUUUAAACAAUACCAGAUUAAUUUUAUAGUGCUGUUAAAUCAGGUGGCCUUUAAUUUUUUUUAUUACUUCAUGUGAACAUGUGCAUGAUGAGGAUCAUAAUGUGAAUGAUGACUGAGGAUCAUUAUCAGCAUGUGAAAUGUCUGAAGAGAAUUAACAAUCAAGUAACCAUGAAUUCAUACAAAGGGCUCAAUCUACCUUGAAAAAUUAGCAUUUUCAUUCUAAAGUGACAUGGUUAUCUCUAUCCCUUAAUUAAAUCAUAUGGAGAAGACCUAUACAAAGCAUUGGAUGUUUUAUUUGGAAUAUUCAUGAGCACAAAGGUAGCACAUGUCUGCAGUGCAUUAAAUCAGCCAUUUUGUUUCCCAAGACUAAGCGGCUGUUUUAAAGUAUUGCAUGCAGGACCAAAAGUACCUUUUGGAGAUCAAUUCCAACGGACUACAUAGCCCUUGUAAUUAGGUUUUUAAUCUACAUAAAGUGUAGAUAAAGUGGAUGAUGAACAUUUCAUUACAUAUUCUGCACAUCUACCUAGUUUGAUAUGUUUACAAAGUAAGGUAGGGAUAUUUAAAGUGACUGAAUCUACAACUGAACUUUAGUAGUUGCCAGAUGUGUAACAAUAAAUUUAAUGUUUUUCCCUGCUUUUGAUCAUUGUUGAUUUGGUGGAUCUAAUCCCAGCAAUAGACCAUGGCCUUUAGAUUAAGGCUAAGGGGAUAGGGGGUUGAUCAGUGCUUGCUACUACAUUAAAUUACCUUUGCACUCUCACAUUCACAUAUGAAGAUAGUUGGGAAAGAGUAGAAACGGACUGUAUUAAUGAUCAAUUAUUCUGAUCUGUGAGCUGCUUACACAAAAAUCUGUAUUUACAAGAACUGGAAACUUCUAAUGGGAAAAGAAUACUAGAGCCAGCAAUAUCAACUAAUUAGUAGACCCCUCUCAUUCCAUUUUUUUCCAAGAGUCUCCUGCUUUUAAACUUGAAAUGUUGUGGGCCAUGUCUGUUUGUGAUGUAAACUGUGGCCUAAUAUUUCUCCUGUCCAAAUGGAUCAUAGUUAGAGAUCAUCCUGUACAAACUUAAAUCAUAUUAAUCACAAGGUAACAUGACUUGGAGUGCUAGUUGAACAAAGUUGCAAUUCUAGAACCUUAUUGAAGUAUUUCAUUCAAAUGUAAAACAUUGUGUUAAGUGUUGAGUACUUAAUAGAUCACCUGCAUGGGAAAUGGCAUUAGAAUUCCAACUUAAUUAGAAAACUGAACUUCCUCCUUUAGGGAUGCUAUACAUGCAAGUGCAUUUUUUUGCUUUCUCAGAUUUUUAAGUGUAAAAUUUAGUCCUUAAAAUCAAACCUAAAAGAAUGGAAGUGUUUAUGGUGGAAUUGGCAAAAUAUAAAAAGCAAAUAUAACAGCAAAGAAACAUAUUACUCUCUUGCUUCCAUUUGGAGUGAAGUUAGGCUAUGAGAAGAGGGUGAUAUUUUGACCAACUGCAUUUACUAUUUUCCAAAAUUCUAGUUCUAAGUCUGGAUGAUGCCAUCCAAAGACAAUUGAUACCUGUGCAACUGGAACUGGUACUCCAAGUUUGCCUACCUUUUUGAGCAAAAAUGUAUUCUUGAACUUAUUCUUGUAUUUAAAAUCAUGAUUUGGGUGCAUUUAAAGAACACAAAGUAGAGGAAGCACAUAAAAGUUACUGCUAAAUUGUGCCAUAUGUUAAUAAGUGGAAAUUAUGUGUAUCUUUGACAUAUUGCCUUUCAUUGCAUUGCUAAUUAGAAUAAUAGUUGUGUCUAGAAGAAUGUGGCAUGUGUACUCUGUGUGUGUGUGUGUUGAAGUUCUAUGUACAUGAAAUUAAUGUAGAAAUUAAGGCUUAGCAGUGCAGGCCUUCAGCAAGGGAAAUAAAAUUAUAUAUUUUUAUAGACAGUUGUACAAUUUUAGGUCUCAGCUACAGUACAUCACAUCAGCUUCUUCCAAGAAUGUAAAGCUGCAAGAUUGGAUAGAAGAGGGUGGCUGUGGAAAUGAGAAAGAGAGUUCAAUCAACCCCAACAGCCCUAGAUGGAUUUAAUUAAUAAAGAUGCCUUUGAAAUAUAUUUUUAGCUCUAAAAUAUUAAAUGGAAAAUAUUUAUGAGCAAACUUUCUAUGUCUAUGACAUUUGUGUAGUGCUUUGUAUUGAAGAAAUCAAAUGGUUCUAUGUUUAUACUUCUUAUUAAUUGUUCUUGAGUUCUAGGGACAAUAAGUAGACAAAUAAUUUUUAUUCCAGAAAAAAGAAUCUAUGUGAUGUGCAGUUGUGUAUAACUGUUAGUGGCCACUGUCCCUAUGAAGAAUGUUGUUUGUAUAUUUUCUGGUUUGGCACAUGUGACUUUUAUCCAUUUUGUAGUAAAGUUUACAUGCUAAAAUAUGUAAUAAGUAGAAAGAUAAUAAAGUCAAUGAACAAUCUAA